AUGUCGACGCCCUAUUCCGCCGACGCUAGGGACGUCCCCGCUCUGGGCGAAGAGGGCGGUAGAGUUGGGAGUUGGGCCGAGGGCUGGCCGAGGAACGGGUGGAAUGGUUGGAAGACUGGGGGGUUUAUUUUUCGGUAA